AUGGCUACACAAGAUUUCACGGUGUCUGAAACAAACGCAUCUAUCGCCCAAGAUGGAGACGACACCAAGACUGACGCUCCUCGGGUUGACUGGACGCCCGAGGAGGAGAGAAAAGCAAAGUGGAAGCUGGACCUAAUCAUCAUGCCCAUGCUUACUCUUGGUUUUUUCUGCCUGCAACUUGACCGAGGAAACAUCGCGAAUGCCAUAACAGACACAUUUAUGGAGGAUGUCGGCAUAACCCAGUUUCAAUUCAAUGUUGGGCAACAGCUACUGUCACUGGGAAUUGUGCUCUUUGAGAUCCCCUCCAACAUGAUCCUCUAUAAGGUUGGCCCGGGCAAGUGGCUGACCCUUCAGCUCUUUCUAUUUGGUGCAGUCAGCACGUUUCAAGCUUUUCAGACAAACUACUCGAGCUACCUUGUGACUCGCUUCCUCCUCGGAGUUACGGAGUCGGGCUAUAUCCCCGGAGGUCUUUGGACGCUCUCAACGUGGUACACACGCAACGAAACAGCGAAACGGGUCAUGGUGUUUUUCUUCGGUAACCAAUUAGGCCAGGCGUCCGCCAAGCUGAUAGCUUACGGCAUCCUCCACAUGAAGGGUGUCGCAGGAUACCCGGGAUGGUUUUGGCUGUUCAUCAUCAUGGGCGCCUUCACCAUGGCCAGCGGCGUGGUUCUAGGUUUCUGCCUCCCGGACGCGUUCCAUAACCCUCACAGUUGGUUCAUCCCUCGUCAUGACUUCUUCACCGCAAGAGAAAUCCAUAUUCUGCAGACGCGUGUGAUGCUCGAUGAUACGAACAAAGAGAGGAAGAAGCAGCACAUCGGCAUCACGUCAUUCAAAAAGGCUUUCUCAAACUGGCGGAUUUGGGUGCACAUCUUCAUAACACUUGGCAACAAUGGACCUUUCCGAGGUUUCGAUACUUACGGCCCGACUAUCAUCAGAAGCUUUGGAUUCCCGUCGUUGACGAGCAAUGCGCUCGCUGCCGUGGGCUUGUUCCUUCAGGUCCCCGUUUCGUUUGCCUUCAGCUGGGUGUCUGAUCGCUUAGGAGAGACUACCAUCGCCGCGAUUGGCAUGCACAUGUUUGGCUACGUUCUCAACCGCAUCUUCACCGAGAUCAAUAACCGCGGCGUCAGGUAUUUCGGCGUCGUCUGGACACAGAUAUUCGCUUCGUUUCCCCACCCUCUCAACAUCACGUGGAUGUCUUUGAGUUGCAGCGACUCUGAGGAGCGGUCGUUGGCUAUGGCAAUUCACCCCUACUUUGAGGGCCCGCCAACCGAUUCAACCAGGAUUAUAAUGAGUGCAAACAUUGCAGCGAUCUAUGGUGCACAACUCUUCCAGGAAGACGAUAAGCCUCGCUACCGCAAAGCCUUUGACGCGAACAUUGGAAUAUUGGCUUUUGCCUUGGUGCUAGCUGUUGUGAGAUACGGUCACGAACGCUUGCAGAUAAGGAGAAGAACAAUGUCCGUGACAUAA